ACGCCUCUGCAAAUACUUUCAUAUUUCGACUGAAACCUGUUUGACAGCAUGUUGGAUCCCAGUGUGCUGUGAGAACCGAGAGCUGCUUUCUUACAUGCCUACAUGUCAUUGUUGUGAACUUUAUUGCAAAACCUUCCUCUGAGCCAUGAACCUGCAUCGCUUCCCACCACACUAAAUGAUUAAAACUUUGUCAAAAAGUCCGUGCUGUCAGCUAGAAUAUUUAUGUUUACCUCAGCAGUCGACUUGCGGCAUGUUGAGUAGAGGAGUCAUCACAUGUAAAUCUGGACAUUCCUCACUUCCCUGUACCGACUAUAUCCUCUUCCAACUUGACAUAUAUAAGUCUGCUGCAGCUUCCCUCAUAUGUCAACGCAGAGCUAUGCCGACUAAACUCAACCACAAGGCUGUGAACGACAGACCUGUGAUCGGUAUUUUGACUCAGAUAGUUACAGAUGACGUUAUGAAACCAUUCGGGAAGACCUACAUACCUGCCUCCUAUGUGAAAUACAUUGAGUCUGGGGGCAGCAGAGUGAUUCCUAUCAGAUUGACUCUUACUACAGCUGAAUAUGAAAACAUCUUCAAGAAGAUAAAUGGCUUGGUUUUCAUUGGGGGAGCUGCAGAUCUGGAGACAUCAGAGUUUGCCAGGGUGGCGAGGAUUUUUUACCAACUCGCUCUCACGGCCAAUGAUGCAGGGGACUUCUUCCCCAUCUGGGGGACAUGCAUGGGCAUGCAGCUACUGACUGUACUGGUGGCUGGGGAAAAUUUGCUGACCAACACUACAGCUGAGAACAUAGCGAUGCCGCUCAACCUGACCACAGAGGCCGACUCCAGUAGGAUGUUUAAGGGUUUCCCCCACAGGCUUAUGAAGGCUUUGACCCAAGAACCUCUGACUGGCAAUUUUCACAACUAUGGAGUUACAGUAAAGACCUUCCAGGACAAUGACAAGCUGAAGAGUUUCUUCUCCCUGCUGUCGACAAACAUUGCUGAGAAUGGAGCCCACUUUGUCUCAACCAUAGAAGGUAAAACAUAUCCCUUCUAUGGAGUACAGUGGCACCCAGAGGUGAAUCGUUUUCAGUGGGACAAAAAUCUGAACUUUCCUCACUCCCCUCAUGCUGUUGAGUUAUCUUCUCUGCUCGCUGAGUUUUUUGUCAAAGAAGGAAGGAGAAGUUUACAUCAGUUUGACAAUCCUGAGGAAGAAGCCUCGUCACUGAUCUACAGCUACACGCCUAUCUAUGCUGGAAACUUCACAGGAUACGAGCAGCUCUAUUUCUUCUGAGUGUCUCUGUCCAUGUGUCACUCUGUGUGUUUACAACACACCACUUCAUAUACAGUGUAUUGCGCAACAGAACAUUUAACAUACCGUUUAUGGUGUAACAUACCACUUCACAUCAGACUUGCACUCACAAAGUCUGUCUGGUUUUAAAUUACAGCUCAGCCUCUGAACAAAGUGGUUAAUUUCAACCACUUGUGUGCUGAUUCAGAAAUGCUUUUCAUCACACUGUGUAGAGAUUACUACACCAGUAAUUGUUUUACCCUUUAAAAACUUUUAUAUGCCAUUAUUGCUAUUAAAGUGCUUAUUUGUAUAAAUAAACUGCCAUUUUGAAAAUGAA